ACAGAGCGCCGCAUCGGGUGAACCUCUCACGAACGAAAUUCUUGUUUUAUCUUUUAUUUCGCGUCCUCCGAACGAAAUUGAAAAAAUAAAAUAAAAUAAAUUUAAUAAAAGCAUUCACCCAGUUUAAUACAAAAGAAAUAAAACAAAUUUCAAUCAACACAUAAUUUUUACAUCAAAUAAAAUAAUUUUUGUAUUCAAUUUUGUGUUCGAUCAAAGCGAAAAUCUAAAAGAAAAAGAAGAGUUCCGUCUUCUCUUCUGUGUGUGUGUCAUGUCAAGUGUGGAAGGAAAAUCUCAAUUUUAAUUCAAAUCCAAAUCCAAAGUGCAUAAAUUACACGAAGUGCAAAAAUCGAUUUCGUUCGUCGUCUUCACCAUUGCCUUUGCCUCGCCAUUCGUCGCCUUGCCUUCAUCGUUCUUCAAUUUCACAGUUAAGUUACCCUGGGUGGUGAAAGGUGAAAUAAAAAAGAAAUUAGAUAAAACUAAAAGCAAGAAAAAUAAAUCUAAAACCAAAUCAAAAUCAACAACGGCCACGGGCGCGCGUCUCCUAGUAACAACUUAACUCAACUUUCAACUACUUUAAUUAUUGUUAUGAUUAGAGCGAAAGAUUUGUUUAAAUUCUUUAAUUUUAUGUUUUAAACAAAUUCUCCACUGGCUCUGGCACCGCCGCGCCGCCAAAGGUGAAGUCGAGAAAAAGAGAAAAACAAAAUAAAUCACACCAUUUUUCUGAAAAAUAAAUAUCGCCGCAUCCAACAACAACAACUACAAGUGAAGAGGUGAAAAUCAGAAAUUGCACAGAAAUACAACAAAAAGAAAGAAUAAAACAUCACGAGCGUCUCUGUCAAAAAAGAUAUGCUUUAGAAUUAUUGCACUCAAGAACACUCAUGUAAUUCAACUUGAAUUGCUUGACGUUCUUAUAGCCCAAAGGAAGGGAACACACAAAAUAAAAAACGUUCAACACAAAACAAACCAUCUUCGUUCGUCAUUUGAAUAGUAUUUUCAAGUUGGCGCCUCAAUUCAUCGUCUCAUGUCCCAGAAUUGGCCACCACCCAGCACCGAACCGACGUUGUUUCGUGUGCUGUUGAUGUCACAAGAAGUGUCCACAUUAAUACUUAGAAUAAAACAGACUGCUGCUUCUACCGCUACUACUGCAAGGUCAACAACUGACUUGCAUUUUUGAACAAAAUAUUUAAUUAAUUAAAAAAAAAAACAGAGAUUAUAGCUGAAAACGGACAAAUUAACAAAUUAAAAUUUAAGUUCACAACACUAAAUAAAAUUCGUCCACAUUAUAUAUAAAAUAUCACAUAGACUUUAGAGCAAAUAGAGAGAAAAAAAAACAAGAAAAUAAACCACAAAAGCACUGCAACAAAUUUAUUUAAAUUAAAACGAACAAGCACAAACUUAAAAAACGAAGAAAAACAAAAACAAAAAAACAUAAACAAUAAAGAAUAAAAAUAAGAAAAAAUAAAAAAAUAAAUUAUGAAUUCUAACGCACGACAUCUACUGCACUGCACCCUGCUCAUCAUUGUGAUAAUCUUCUUUGAGAUAUUCUCUGGCGGGAUCAAGAUCAACGAGGACUCGUUUACCCUGGUCGAUCCCUGGACUGAAUAUGGCCAGAUACCAACGAUACUUUUGUACUUACUACGUUUCCUCACGUUCCUCACUCUGCCGCAGGUGCUAUUCAACUUUUGUGGCUUGGUCUUCUAUAAUGCCUUUCCUGAAAAAGUCGUUCUUAAAGGCAGUCCCCUGCUCGCACCCUUCAUUUGCAUAAGGGUAGUGACGCGUGGUGAUUUUCCUGAAUUAGUCAAGACAAAUGUUUUGCGCAACAUGAAUAUUUGCCUAGACACGGGACUGGAAAACUUCCUCAUUGAGGUAGUAACCGAUAAGGCUGUUAAUCUGGCCAAGCACCGACGCAUUCGAGAGAUUGUGGUGCCGAACACGUAUAAAACAAAAACCGGUGCUUUGUUUAAGUCACGCGCAUUACAAUAUUGUCUCGAGGACAAUGUUAAUGUAUUGAACGAUAACGAUUGGAUCGUGCAUCUCGAUGAGGAGACUUUAUUGACUGAGAAUUGCGUGAGAGGUAUUAUCAAUUUUGUACUCGAUGGCAAACAUCCAUUUGGUCAGGGUUUAAUUACAUAUGCCAAUGAGAAUGUUGUUAAUUGGUUAACAACAUUGGCGGAUAGUUUUCGUGUGAGUGAUGAUAUGGGGAAGCUGCGAUUACAAUUUAAGUUAUUCCAUAAGCCAUUGUUUAGCUGGAAAGGAAGUUAUGUUGUAACUCAAGUCGGCGCCGAGCGUAAAGUCUCAUUUGACAAUGGUAUCGACGGAUCCGUGGCCGAGGAUUGUUUCUUCGCUAUGCGUGCCUUUGCCCAAGGCUAUUCAUUCAAUUUCAUCGAAGGUGAAAUGUACGAGAAAUCCCCAUUCACUCUAUUGGACUUUCUGCAACAGCGCAAGCGUUGGCUCCAGGGAAUUCUACUUGUAGUGCACUCAAAAAUCAUCCCUCUUAAGCACAAACUCCUUCUAGGUAUUAGCGUUUAUUCAUGGGUCACUAUGCCACUGUCCACAUCCAAUAUCAUCUUUGCCGGACUCUAUCCGAUUCCUUGUCCCAAUCUAAUGGAUUUCGUGUGCGCCUUCAUUGCAGCCGUUAACAUUUAUAUGUACGUUUUUGGCGUUAUAAAAUCCUUUUCACUAUAUCGCUUUGGAUUGCUGCGAUUCCUGCUGUGUGUCAUGGGUGCAAUUUGCACAAUUCCAGUGAAUAUUGUUAUCGAGAAUGUCGCAGUGAUUUGGGGUCUUUUCGGUAAAAAACAUAAAUUCUAUGUUGUACAAAAGGACAUCCGAGUAUUGGAGUGUUAAGGCGCGAACGAAUAAGCGCGCACACUACACACCACACACACACGACCAUCCACAACCUCAUCUCAUCUCCUUAAAACUUCGUAAUGCCUGCGGUAUUCACUUAGCUUGUAAAGUAUUUUUUUAUAAUUAAAAUUAGGUUUUUCUUUUUGUAUAUUUAUAAGUUUCCUUUUUCCUUAAUCAUUGUACAUUACUUUUUUAUGUAACAUUUGUUAUACAAAAAAAAAACUCUUUUUAAACAAAAGCAAUUGUUAUCUGCAUUACUAUUUAUUGUUGUUAUUUUGGAGAAUUCUAUUUAAAAAAAUAAAAUACAAAAAUUGGCAAAUUUUUCUCACAACUAGACACGUGUCGUUUAUGGAAAUUUGUUGUACCUUUCUUUCAAAACUUUCACAAUAUUUUUUAGUCACAUUUUUGGAUUCGAUGUUGCAUUAAAAAAUAAAACAUAAAAAUACCUUCAUUUAACACAUUCACUCACAAAAGAAAAAUUGUAUUCAAUAUUAAGACUUUAAAAUUAAACAAAAAUAAAAACUUAAAAUAUAAUAAUUUAUUUCACACAUUUUGUUUUCAAAAGAAUGAAAAAAGAAAAAAAGAAUAUACUUAGUAGACAAAAUGCAACACAAAUUUUAAGAAAAUAAAAGUUAAACAAAAAGAACAAAAUAGAUCGUCAUAGAAAAUAAAUAAAGCUUUUUUUCGAUUGAUUAAAACGUAAACUUAAUUAAAAUUAAAAUUGAACAAAACUUUUGUUUGUUUGUUUUUUUUUCUAUAAGAGACGAAAAUGUGAAUGCACCAAAUACUAUCUUUAAGAAAGUUAUGUUUAACUAUGCUUAAUACUUUUUAUUUUUCUUUUUGUAAAUUUAUAUAUUUUAAAACAAACAUAGUUAUAGUUGAAUAGUAGUUAAAAUAUUAAAAAUUAAUAAAUUAUAUUUAAGCUUUUUUUUCUUAUUAAAACAAAAAAUAAAUUUAUUAAACAAACAAAACAAAAAAAAACAACAAAAUAGAAUGAACAAGGAUGUAUUAUAUUUUAUCUUUUUUGAUAAAAAGAACGGAACAAAAAAUACAUACAAAUUAAAAUUAAUAAGUUGGAAAAUAAUAAAGAUUCAAUAAAAUACAA